AGGAGGAGGCCCUGCUUUCAGCACAAGGGGUCCCAUGGGGCGCCGGGCGCUGGUUCUCACAUGUGCUGCCCCAACCCUCCCUAGGUGUCAGGAUCUGGCCUGUCGCCCCCCACUCCAGUGGGACCCCCAGCGCCCCCAGUGCUGCUGCUGCUGCUGCUGCUGCCCCCACGGCCGCUGGCUUUUUGCCCCACAUCUGGACGGCUGCCAGGAUCCCCGUUGCUCAGGACCCACAGGCUGCCAAGGGCCAGAGAUCCUUCCGUGGGGCCACCUGGAGGGCCCCCCAGAGGAGCCGGACCGCCAAGCCACCUGGGAGGGGCGAUGGCCUCCAGGACAGGCCUCCUUCCCGGGUGCCCUCUCCUCCUCCCGAACUCUCUCCCAUCCUUCUUUCCAGUUGUUCUACAACGCGGUCUCCAUCCACAACGGCUCUCCUGGAGGCCAGUCAGAACCUGAACCGAAGGCAGACCCUCCCACCCCCAUCGACUGCAGUGAUUUCUUCUACACGGACCCAGUGAUGGCUCCAGGACACCGGAUUUACAACUGGCUAUCCAGCUCCUCCCAGGAAAUCCUCCACCACCACCUGCACCUCAACACCCCGGCUCCCAUCAUGGCUAUCCGUGAAACUCCAGCAUCGGCACCACCCCCUCCUCCUCCUCUUCCUCCUCCAGCUCCUAAGCCUUCCACCUGCAGAGAGUGGCUCUCGGAUCUGGAGUGUGAAGUUGCCUGCGCCCUUCUGGAGCUGCCGGACGGAACGGAUUGGGACUCUGCUGGGGGCCGCCAAUCUCCUCCUCGGGUGGGAAAAGUGGAGGCGGGGAACGAGAAAACGACUGCUCCAGAUCGGCUCCUGUAAGCGGCCCGUGAUGGGGCUCUCAUGCCCCUGGGGGC